AUGACACACUUCAACAUCCAAAUCAUCUCCGACACCGUCUGCCCGUGGUGCUACGUCGGCUUCCGCCGGCUCUCCCGCGCCAUAACCACCCACAAAACCACCCACCCAGCAGACACCUUCACCCUGACCUGGCACGCCUUCUAUCUGAACCCGCAGUCGCCCGCCUACCCAGGCGUCGAUAAGCACGCCUUCUACGCAUCCAAAUUCGGCGGCGAGCGCACGGCCGCCAUCUUCGCGCGGCUCAGCGCCGUCGGCGAGUCCGAGGGCAUUGCGUUCCGCUUCGGCGGGCGCACGGGCAGCACGCGCGACUCGCACCGGUUGCUGUGGUAUGCGGGGUUGAAGGAGAAAGAAAGCGGGCCGGCAGCAGCGGGCGAGGAGAUUGGCGGGCUGCAGACGCGCGUGGCCGAGAGGCUGUUCCGGGCGUAUUUUGAGGAUGAGCAGAAUAUUACUGACCCCGCGGUGUUGCGGCAGGCGGCGGUUGCGGCGGGGUUGGAUGAGGCGGAGGUGGAUCGGGUGUUGAAGAGUGAGGAGGGAGGGGAGGAGGUCGAUGGGGAGGCGGAGAAGGCGAGGCGACAGCUUGUUACUGGGGUGCCGUAUUUUAUGAUCCAGGGACAGUAUGCCGUCGAGGGGGCGGAUGAGCCGGAGACGUUUCUGGAGAUCUUUCAGCGGUUGAAGGCGUGA